UUGUACUUUAUAGGUUAUGUUUGUGUAGUUAUAAAUCGGAUAUUUUGUUUUUUAGUAUCGUAUUGUUGUUUUAGUAUAUUAAAAAUUGUUUUAAAAUAGUAUAUCUUCUAGUAUCAAACAGAAUCUCAAGGUUAUAUUUUUCAUAAAGAGCUUGUUCAGAACAACUUAGAGUAAUUUACUUAUCCAAUCCUUGAACUCAAACAUGAAUUAUUCAACAAAGAUAAAAUCUGUUUUGUAGUUAUGUUCCUGAAUACCUCAAGUGCUUCCUCUUAUUUCACUAAUAAAUAUGUAAAGCUACAACAAAAAUUCUGUAUUUUUUAGUUUACUUCUGAGCAUGAAGGUCAUGAAUACUUUCACUUGACAGUGAAGACCUACUUACCGGUAGGUGUUUUUGACAGCUUUCCUUUUCUAGUUAAGCAUUUUUUAUACGCCAUCAUGAAGAUCAUCACUUGCAUUGCUCCAGUGAAUAUAGCUACUAUAAAAUAUUGGGGCAAGAGAGAUACAGAACUGAUACUCCCUCUCAAUGACUCAAUCAGUGUGACUUUGAGUACAGACCAGAUGCAUUCGAAGACUACAGUUGCCAUAGAUCCAGAUUUCAAAAAUGACAGAAUGUGGCUGAACGGAAAAGAACAAUCCGUGGAUAACCCAAGAUUUGCUCAGUGUCUUAAAGAAAUUCGCCGGAGAGUACAGGAUAAGCAUGGGGAUAUUGCCGACUGGAAGUACCACAUUUGUUCUGAAAACAAUUUCCCCACUGCUGCCGGUCUAGCUUCCUCUGCAGCCGGCUAUGCCUGCUUAGGAUUUGCACAGGCGAUCAGCGACAGAGACUUCGCGACAUUCGGGGCAGUGACAAUGCAGGACAGCAAUCAGUUCCACGCAGUCUGCCUGGACACCUAUCCUCCCAUUGUCUACAUGAACGAGACAUCUCACGCCAUUGUCGAUUUUGUGCACAAGUACAACCAGAUGGCCAAUCAAGUCAAGUUGGCGUACACAUUCGACGCAGGCCCCAACGCGUGCCUCUUCCUAUUGGAGCAGGACGUUGAUGACGUCAUCGCUCAUCUCAGGCACCUUUUCCCGCCUACCGAGAACAGUGCUGCCAACUAUGUACGCGGCAUUCCUGUCUUUGAGCAGGUGCAGUUGCAUAAGGACAUUCAGCCAGUCGGUACACCCCACGAGAAAGGUCAAUUGAAGUAUAUAAUACACACCAAAGUAGGAGAUGGACCUCAAGUGCUGAAUGAUGAAAAUGAGCAUUUACUCAUGCCAGACGGGUUACCAAAGUGUUUUAUUUAACUAGGAGAAUAUGUUAUUAUGAUAAUUAGUCUUCCAAAGCUCAAUUAUUAGGUAAUCUACAAAAUUGAAAAUAUUAAAAUACAUUUUUUUUCAAUAUGAGUGAGAAACAACACCUAUGCAUUGGAGAAUGAAUUUCAAGAAGUGAAUAUGAAUUAUAAUAUCGAUUAUUAAUCUAAAUCGCAGUAAUUUUGUAGUUAAAUACCAAAGUAUUAAAAUGAUUAAAAGGUAGGAUUGGAAUGCUACUAAUGGAAGAACUACUUUAGGAUUUGUAUAGAAAGCAUAGAGGCGUACCGAGUUCCGCGUUCUUUAAAUGGUCAAAUUGAUGGCGGUCUAGUUGGAUUUCUAAUUUAAAGAUAGAUGAAUUUAUGAAAAACAAAAUACUAUCAGAGAACAGUAUCUGUAGCUUCAGUCUGUAUCUCUCUUUCGUACUAAUAAUCAAUUUCAGUUUCCAAGAACGCGGAACUCACUCACGUCUUGCCGCUCUAUGUGAAUCUUAUUAAGAUUCAUUUCAUUUUAGAAGCUGCUUCAUUAGUAAUGUAUUCUUGAAAUGAUGUAACAAAUAUUUUUCCAAAUGGAAUAAGUUAUGAGUACUUUGGUAAUUGUUGACUCAAUUCCUAGUUAGCCAAAUUGUAGCCUGUAUUUAAUAUAUUACAAUAGUUGUAAUUUCCAUUGCUAAUAGAGAUUUUGUAGAACUAGCUGAAAUAAAAUAUAAUAACAUGAUAGCCAUAUUAAGUAAAUAAACUUCAUGUAAUGUGAGGAAAGUAUCAAUAUCAGGUUAUUAGCUUCAAGAGAAAGAUUCUGAAGACAGAAUUACUAUUAUUGAAGUGAUUCAAGAAAAUUCAAAGACAUAAGACAAUAAUUUUAACUCAAUUUAUACAAAUUUAAUGAUCGAAUACUGUAUUGAUAGUUUCAUAACGUAGCCUAAUCUAUAUAGCUUUACUAUUAUAAUUUAUUAACGUUAUUAUUCUAAUUAAUUUUUAUCCUUGUUCUGAUUGAUAAAAAAUAUAUUAAUUAAUUUUAAUCAAACGUAACAUAGAGUUAGCAGACUUUCAUUUUUGCUUUAUUCACUCUUUAUAAAUCAAAUUUUGUUAACCAAGUUAAAAAAACUUGCUACUUUACGUGGAACCUGGAACAUGAGGGGCUUAACUUAGAUGGGUUCCCAACCAAGUUGUGAGAAAACGACAGAAAUAAUUUGUUAUUGCUGUUAUACACUAAUUUAUCGUACGGUAUGUUUCAUCUCUACAUAUCCAAACUGAGUUUUUUUUUUAAUAAUCAAAAUUUUGUAUCAGUUGUGUAAUGAUUGUAAUCUCUUAGAAUAUUGUUUUAUUGAACAUUAUUGUACUAAAAUUUUAUACGUUUAUAAUAAAACAUUUGUUUUCAAAAA